AUGAGGUUGAUCAAGAAGUUCAAGGCGCACUCCCAGAAGGAGGGCGCCGGCUUCGUCGUCAGGCGCCCCAUCGGGGGGCCCCACCUCCUCGACAGCGUGGCGGACCCGUUUCUCUUGCUCGACGAGCUCGGACCUGUCGAGUACGCCAAGGGGGAGUUCCCGGGCGCCCCGUGGCAUCCCCACCGCGGGUUCGACACGGUGAUGUACCUGAAGGAGGGCGAGGGCGCGCACCGAGACUCCAUGGGCAACAGCGGUGUCCUGAGAGCGGGCGAUUGCCAGUGGAUGACCGCCGCGAGCGGCAUCGUCCACGACGAGGGCAGGGAUCACCCCGGUGGCACGCUCCACGGGUUUCAGUGCUGGGUCAACCUCCCAGCCAAGCACAAGAUGGAUCCGCCGAAGUACCAGGACGUCCCAUCGAACGUCAUACCCACGUUCGAGCCCUCGCCCGGGGUCAGUGCCAAGGUCAUCGCUGGCACGUGCGCGGGCGUCGACGCCGUGGUGCAGACCCUCGUGCCCAUCCAGUACAUCGACUUUGUCCUCGAGCCCAGGUCGACGUUUGAACACGGGGGCGAGUCACUCGCGGCGGAGCUGGAGACGGUCAUCGUGUACGUGUACUCGGGUUCCGGCGCCGUGGGCGGGACGGAGGCAUCCAGCGGCGACACCAUCGUCCUCGGGAGGAACGAGGGCGGCGGCGACGGCGUAAUUCUCGAAUCAGGCGCUGAAGGAAUGUCCGCGCUGUUCUUGGCAGGGAAGCCGCUUCGGGAGCCGAUCAGCCGGCACGGACCCUUUGUCAUGAACACGCGCGAGGAGAUCAUGCAGGCGUUCAUGGAUUACCAGAACGGGACGCUCGUGCGGCACAAGGGAACGAUGGUCGAUUUCGAGGGUAAGGACGAGCUGUGAGCGUAAGUAGGAAGGCGGCGGCGAAGGACGACUCUGACGUGAACGGCGGCGCGAAAGCGAAAGCCGUCGACGCGUCAUCGUGAGCGGAUGGUGCUUUGCUCUUUACAACGUGUGGAUUACUUCAUCACGCUC